AUGUCUCUCUCUGGCUGCAAGAUGGCGGCAGCAGCGGAGCCGGGCACGGAGCUGUCCGGGGCUCAGCGGGAGCCGGUGCUGGGGGCGCAGCCAGAACUCGGCGGGAGCGCGGCGUCCCUCCGCCCGCCCGAGAUCGCCAUGCGGCUGGAGAGCGCCCGCCGGGAGCUGAGCAACAGGCGCAAGGUCCUGCUGAGAAACCUGCCCGAGGAGAGCAGCAGCCAGGAAAUCCAUGAACUAUUCAAAGAUUAUGAAUUAAAGUACUGUUACGUGGACAGAAAUAAAAGAACAGCGUUUGUUACUCUGCAGAACGGAGAGCAGGCUCAAAACGCAAUCCGGAUGUUUCACCAGUAUUCUCUUCGUGGAAAAGAAAUAUCAGUGCAGCUCCAACCAACAGAUGCUUUGCUAUGCGUUACCAAUUUGCCCACCUCAUUUUCAUUACAUGAGUUUGAGGAACUAGUGUGUGCAUAUGGCAAUGUUGAGAGAUGUUUUUUGGUCUAUAAUGAAGUUACUGGCCAUUCCAAGGGCUACGGGUUUGUGGAAUACAUGAAAAAGGACUCUGCUGCAAAGGCUAGAAUGGAACUCCUGGGGAAGCAAUUAGGUGAAAACACCCUCUUUGCACAGUGGAUGGAUGUUAAUCAGUUGACUACCGAUCUUGUUCAUUCUAAGUGCCUUUGUGUAGAUAAACUCCCCAAUGACUACACUGAUUCAGAGGAACUGAUGCAAAUGUUCUCAUUUAAGUAUAAACCUGUGUUCUGCCAGUUUGCUGAGGACGAAGGCUGUUCUAUUGGUGGCUUUGCAGUGAUUGAGUAUGAGACUGCAGAGCAAGCUGAGGAAGUGCAAGAAGUCACAGAUGGUAUGACUAUCAGAGGAAAGAGAGUCCAGGUGUCGUACUGUGCUCCUGGAGCACCAGGACGAAGCACAUUAGCUGCAUUUAUAGCAGCACAACGUAUGAUGAGAAACAACAGAAAAGGAUUGCUUCCAGAACCAAAUCCAGUGCAGAUUAUGAAGAGUUUAAAUAACCCAGCCAUGUUACAAAUGUUACUGCAGCCCCAGUUGUGUAGACGUGCUCGUAAACAUGCAGUUCUUGGAGUAUCUGCUGGUUUACCUCAUCUUAUAAAUACAGCAGUCAGUCCAGGAUUUUUCCAUUUGAAUAAAGUACACCAGAAUUCUGUUCUGGGGAAUACAUCUAAUUUACUGCUACAGAACCUCUCCCACCUACAACUGGCACAGAAGCAACUAAUUAAAAUUGAGAAUAUUCAAACUAACAGUAAACCUGGCUUACUUGGAGAGCCUCCACCAAUGUUACUUCGGACGGUAUUGGGAACAAGACCAAUACCAUCAGUGAGUGCAGACCUGGGAAACCAUGGAGAAGCGCAUACAUGUGUUCCCCCUGAAGUGUUGUGUGUGCACACCAUGGCUUCUCAGCAGCUAGCCAAUAGAAGCAGAAGGUUAACCAAACAUCUUCCCUAUUCCCGGAUGAUGAAAAAAUUGAGCAGGGAUUAUCCAUUGGGAUCAGAUGGGCAAGUUCUACACAAUCAGUUUCAUAGAAUUGUAGCAUCUAAUGUGACUCCAAAUCGAACAACAGCAGCAACAGGGAUGGGCAUCUUGCCAUUCUUUCCAAAUCAGCCCGUUGUUGGACAAGCUAUGCCAGGGCAAAAUAAUACUCAGGAUAAACAAUCAACUACAGUGGGACUGUCAGAAGGAGCUGGCUCAGGGUCGCAGGCUUAUCUUCAGAGCUUAACAAAUUUUACUGCUGGAGGCUUGCGCACAGAACAUCCCCAACAGCAAAGUCAGCCAAAAAGCACUGAUACAAGUUCAGGGAUUCCCUCAAAAAACCAGACUUCGCUCCUGGGGGAACCACCCAAAGAAAUCCGUCUUAGUACCAAUCCCUACUUGAAUUUGGCAAGCGUGUUGCGUGGUGUAUGUCUUUCAGCAGUUGCCAGCAAAGCAACUAGUACACAGCAGCACACUGGGCUUUCAAGCAACAUAGUGGAUGCUGCAGUCUCUCAGGGAACUACAUCACGACAUGCAAUGGAAAACUACUUUAAUUAUUCUCAACAGUAUGGGGAUUAUACACAGGAGGCUGUCCAGCAGUGGUAUCAGCAUUAUGCGCAGGCAUACAACGCUACUCAAGCAAGAGUAGGUGAAUUUGAAAAUGAAGCUUCUGAGGAACCUGCUCUAUCUUAUGGAGACUACAAUACCUAUUUGCAGGUUAUGCCUUCAUAUUACACCGGAACCCAGGGAUCAUGCCAGCCAGGCAGCUUUCAGCUUACUCCACAGAAUCCAUUAAAUAAGGUGGCAUCAGUAAGAAGUGAAAAGCGAAGUUCCUCACACCUCAUUUCUUCCCCAGAAGCUAGCCCAGUUGAAUAUAUUGGCCAGCACACACAGGGCACAGCAUCAAAUUAUGCAGAAUCCUAUCUUAAAAAAAAGCGUGUUUAUUGA